GGCAGUUACAUCAUACCGCAGAGACCAAUGAAAAGACGGGUCAGCAAACCCGCCAAUGAGAAGCCAGUGAGAGGCCUGGAGGAGGUCACGUUUGCGCGAGCGGUUCGAGGUCCUGCGCAGGACCUGCUACAUACCUCAGAAGAGGGGAAAUGUCCACAAAAGAAGUAACAUGCAGGUAUUUCCUGCAUGGCGUGUGCCGGGAGGGCAGCAGGUGUAUGUUCUCUCAUGACUUGGCCACAAGCAAACCAUCCACAAUAUGUAAAUUCUUCCAGAAAGGCGUCUGUGCCUAUGGUGAUCGAUGCAGGUAUGAUCACAUCAAGCCAUCUGCUGGACGUGGAGGAGGGGGUGCUGUGGGUGACCCAACAAACAGGAGCAGUGGUGUAAGGGCCCCCAUUCCAGGAAACGGUCCCCCUGCGGGCUCGGGCACGCGUGGCAAGAAGCCGCUGGUCCUGAGAGACAGGGUUCUGUGCCCCGAAGCCCGGGCAGUACGGGAAGUACCUCGGCUUGCAGAGGCCCUCGAACCCGGGUCCUGGGAGUACGGUGACGAGGCUGCCCAGGCCAAGCCCCUCUCCUACCUGGAUGCCGUCCGCACCGGCCUGGAAGAUUCCGCCAGUGGGGGACCCUUCAUCGACGCUCCACCCCUCUGCCCUUUUGCGGCCGCUGGCCAGUGUCACUAUGGCAACAGCUGUUCCUAUCUCCACGGAGAUGUGUGUGAGAUCUGCAGGCUGCAAGUGCUGCACCCUCAUGAUCCAGAGCAGAGGAGGGCACAUGAGAAGAUGUGCAUGCUGGCGUUUGAGGUGGAUAUGGAGAAGGCCUUCGCGGAGCAGCUCAGCCGGGACAAGGUGUGCGGCAUCUGCAUGGAGGUGGUGUACGACAAGGCCUCGGCCUCGGAUCGCCGCUUUGGCAUCCUGUCUAGCUGCUGCCACAUCUACUGCCUCAACUGCAUCCGGCAGUGGCGCUGCGUCAAGAAUUUUGAGAACAAGAUUGUCAAGUCGUGCCCAGAGUGCCGGGUCGUGUCUGAGUUUGUCAUCCCCAGCGCCUAUUGGGUGGAGGACCAGGAGGAGAAGAACCGGCUGAUUGAGGAGUUCAAAUAUGGAGUCAGCAAGAAGGCCUGUAAGUACUUCGACCAGGGCCGAGGGACAUGCCCCUUUGGGGCGAAGUGUUUGUAUAUGCACGCCUACCCUGACGGGACGCGGGCUGAGGCCGACAAGCCGCGCAAGCAGCUGGGGUCCGAGGGAAAUGUGCGGUUCCUGAACUCGGUGCGGCUCUGGGACUUCAUUGAGGAGCGGGAGCAGAGAGGAGCACGACAGUACGACGGCGAGGUCAGCGAGCUGGGGGAACUAUUCAUGCAGCUGUCAGGGGCCGGGCACGAGGGCACACCCCACUGACUGCCACCACCUGCCACCGAAUAGCGCCACCUGCAGGACCCCCAUGGUAUGAGAAGAGGCAGCACUGGGCAGUAAACAUGUGCUCUGUUCACCCUUUCAUGUUGAAACCUUUUAGAGGGUUUUAUUCUUAAAAAUUACUGGGUAACAGAAAUGCUCUUGUGCAAAGUAGUAAUAGAGGAAGCAGCUUUUUCCUAAAGUGUCCCAAACACUAGCCAGAUUUAAAAUGCCAAUAAAACUGUGCCGAUGAGAAUCCCGACGGGAAGUCCUCCUCUAUUUGGGAAGAUCUUGUUUACGUACUCCGAGUGAUGUCACCUAGUCUGCAGGGACGGGGGAGUGGCUCAUUGGGUCACCAAAUAAAAAAAAGUUUUGCUUAGGAAAAAAAACAUCUACUAAAUAAGUAAAAUUAUGUAUAAAAAAAAAGAAUAGCAACCUGGCAUGGCUGAGGAGCUUUGCGUAAAUGCAUCGUCCCUUCAGAAGGAAUGCGACGUUGCCGCCAUCUCCUUUACAAGAUGGAAGCGAGAGUCUGCUGUUCAGCUCGCUCUGUAUGUGUGUCCAAAAGUGAAAUGGGCCUCGGGGGCCCACAGGCUAGAUCAUCUCCCUCCUGCUCUUCCCAGCUCCUCUCUCAGCUCCCUACGGGUCAAACCAGGCCGUGACUGCUGGUACACAUUAAAACCGCCCGUGUUUCAGACCCUCCACUACCUUUACUGUUACUUAUGGGACUGCUUGUGUGAUAUCAGUCUGUGCAGAGUCUGAAAUGCAGUUUUUAACCACACUCUCAGUAAGACUUAAGAACUUUAUAGGUAUCUGUAGUAUUCUACUGUAUGUCUUGUACUGUAAACAAGGGACAUUGAGAGCUACAUUUUUAAGGUAGAUGUGCACUCUAUAUUUGCUAAGUAUUUCUAAAUACUAUAAAUUAUUGACAUGGACAUAAAUUUUUUUUUCCUUUCUGUACUUGUUAUACACUCAUAUUUGUAUUAAAAUAACAUGGAUGGAAUCAUGAAAAUAUAUCAGAAACCCAAAGUAUGAGCCAGUUACAGUGGUAACCUGUGUGUAGACCUAUAAACCAUGAUCUCAGGUCAUUAGAGGCUGUACUUUGCUUCAUACUUUCAACAAAUAAAAUGGCUAAAAUUC